AUGGCGGCGGCUGGGACUCUUCCGUCCUCGACUCCAGCCUCGGCCAUGGCAUCGGCGACAGCAGCAGCCCUCGGGGAGGUGGAAGAUGAAGGACUCCUGGCGUCGCUGUUCCGGGACCGCUUCCCCGAGGCUCAGUGGCGAGAGCGGCCAGAUGUGGGCCGCUACCUCCGGGAGCUGAGCGGCUCCGGGCUGGAGAGGCUGCGGCGCGAACCCGAGCGCCUGGCGGAGGAGCGGGCGCAGCUGCUGCAGCAGACGCGCGACCUGGCCUUCGCCAACUACAAGACCUUCAUCCGCGGGGCCGAGUGCACCGAGCGCAUCCAUGGCCUCUUCGGGGUCGUGGAGGCAUCGCUUGGCUGCUUGCUCGACCGCUUGCCCAGCUUCCAGCAGAGCUGCAGGAACUUCGUGAAGCAGGCUGAGGAGAUCAGCUCUGACCGCCGAAUGAACACCCUGACUUUGAACCGGCACACAGAGAUCCUAGAAAUUCUGGAGAUUCCUCAGCUUAUGGACACGUGUGUCCGCAACAGCUAUUAUGAGGAGGCCCUGGAGCUUGCAGCCUACGUACGCCGACUAGAAAGAAAAUACUCCUCUAUUCCUGUCAUUCAGGGCAUUGUGAACGAAGUGCGCCAGUCCAUGCAGCUGAUGCUGAGCCAGCUGAUCCAGCAACUCAGAACCAAUAUCCAGCUCCCUGCCUGCCUCCGCGUCAUCGGCUACCUGCGGCGCAUGGAUGUCUUCACAGAAGCUGAGCUGAGGGUGAAGUUUCUUCAAGCAAGAGAUGCUUGGCUCCGCUCCAUCCUCACUGCCAUCCCCAGUGACGAUCCCUAUUUCCACAUCACAAAAACCAUUGAAGCCUGUCGUGUACACCUCUUCGAUAUCAUCACCCAGUACCGUGCCAUCUUCUCAGAUGAGGACCCGCUGCUGCCCCCAGCUGUGGGGGAGCACACUGUGAAUGAGAGCGCCAUCUUCCAUGGCUGGGUGCUGCAGAAAGUCUCCCAGUUCCUGCAGGUGCUGGAGGCCGACUUACAGCGGGGCGUUGGCGGCCGCCUGGAUUCCCUGCUUGGCCAGUGCAUGUAUUUUGGAUUGUCCUUCAGUCGGGUGGGGGCUGAUUUCCGGGGCCAGUUGGCUCCUGUUUUCCAGCGGGUGGCCAUCACAACCUUCCAAAGAGCUAUUCAGGAAGCGGUGGAGAAAUUCCAGGAUGAAAUGAACUCUUACACCCUCAUCUUGAUUCCAGCAAUCCUGGGCAGCAGCCACCUUCCUACCGCCAUGCCGGUGACUCAGCCAGGGACGCUGCAGCCACCCAUGAUGCUGUUAGACUUCCCGCCCCUUGCCUGCUUCCUCAACAAUAUUCUGGUCGCGUUUAAUGACCUACGCCUCUGCUGCCCGAUGGCCUUGGUGCAGGAGGUCACUAGGACUCUGGAAGAUGCUCUUACCAAGGUCACCAAAGUCAUCCUGGCCUUCCAUCGUGCAGAGGAGGCUGCCUUCAACAGCAAGGAGCAAGAGCUCUUUGUCCAGUUCUGCACCGUCUUCCUGGAAGACCUCGUUCCUUACUUAAAUCGCUGUCUCCAACUGCUUUUCCCACCCGCUCAGAUAGCACAGAUUUUAGGUGUCCCACCCACUCAGCUUUUCAAAUACGGGGAACUUGGGCACGUGAACAUCAGUGUCAUCCAGAAGCCUCUCGCCUUUAUACUGCCAAAGAGAGAGAUGGUAUUCUCUUUAGAUGAGAAGGAAGUAAUGUCUGAACUCACAGCUGCAGCCCCAGAACUUGAAGCCGAAGAGCCAAGUCCUGCAGCACCUGCCAUUUCAGGUUGUCCUCUGGGUGACCACCCAGAGGUGGUUGAGUCUGAGCCACCGCAGGGGGGGGCACUGCCCCAGUCACCACUGCAGGAGGAUCCACCUUUGCAAGGGGAAUUACUGCUCCCCGAGGAGACACCUUUGCACGGGGAGCCCCCACUGCAGGAAGAGCCUCCAUUGCAGGGGGAGCCGCUGCAGCAGGAGGAGGCAUUGCAGACUGAUCUGCCUACUGUGGCGACUUAA